CCCNGCUACAUCAUGAGCAACGACAGCCAGAGUCUGCUGCUCGACGUGCCGCUCUUCACUCAUGGCUACGAGUACAAGGACAUUACUUUGAAUGGCUUCACUGGCACCUUCGAGAUCCUCAUGCGGGAUCCUGAAACAUCAGAGGUUCAGAGUUCAACUGUCAAGACUUGCCCGUUCUCCAAUAUUGAAUUCAUUAUGUGUUCAACUGACGGGAAGAUGACUGUGGCAGCUGACUUGUCUCUGGCCAUCCCAAGUGGAGGAGUUCCUGCUAGAACCAACCUCCGAGACAAAUACUGUGGACCCAAAGAGACGGACAGCACCAGGGCUCUCUUCUCUUUUCCACUCAACAGCUGUGGAUCCAUCGUCAAGCUCGGCAAGGAGUAUGUGACCUAUGAAAACGAGAUUUUCUUCAGCAAGAAGCUGCGUGCUCUGAAAAAUCCAGCAGACUCCAGCUACGAUAUUGACAGAGUGACGAUGCAGUGCACAUAUCCUCUGGCUGGACUGUUCCGCCUCUUCUCAGUGUACAGGUUUGAGUCUGACACAGUUGGUGUGGGCCGCAUCGUGCAUUCUGCGUACUCCACCGAAGGUCUAGAGAGUCCCACCAUCAAGCCCACUACAGUACCUACUACCAGGCGCACCAGAAGACCUGUCUCAUUUAGACCUGGUUACCAGCCUCCUGCUCAGUACAUCAAAGUAUCAAGCUUUCUAAACAGAAGGAAAGGAUCUAGAGGACCAUCUCAAGCUAAAGUGACUCUAUAUUCUGGAUUGUAAUUGCAUGGAUUUUAAAUAUAAAGUUCAAUAAAUGUUUGUCUUAAAUG